AUGCCUUCACUUCUUCGCCUCGCCCUUUCGGCGCUGGCAGCGUCUGUCCCCUUGUGCGACGCCGCUCGAACCACAACUUCAACUUCAACAGGUCCAGCCGUGACCUGGACUGUCACUUCAUACGUUGCCCUUCGACCCACGGUUUCCACAUAUGCAUAUACCUAUGGCACCAGUGUGACCACCUACACAGACACAUAUACCGGCUUAGUCACCGUCAAGCCCGGCAUCACUCCUACUGCAACUCCUACGUCCACAAGCACCAGGACGCGUUCUUAUGGUAGCCUGGAGGUCGUCUACAUGUAUCUUGAUGGGGCCCAGAUCCCAACCGGAGACAUCGUGCCUACUUCAACUUAUGAUCGUUCUGCUACUGCCUACACGUAUGCCUACACGAGCUACGUUCAGGAGGUCGUGUGGACAGCGCCGUCGUCUUGUCCCGUUGCCUUCACUGUCGAAACAUACCAGCAAGUGACGGACAUCCCGACUGAGGUUCUGGAGCAGAGGACUGACCUCAGCACCGAGGCAUCUGUCUCAACUGGCUAUGAGGGUGACAAGUACACCCUAGUCACUGCAUAUGUUCCUGCAUCUGCCUUCCCGCAACUCACCGCAACCGCCAGCACAGAUGACUACUACUAUUCAUACUAUGUCCGCAGGUGUACUAACCCAACUGCAGUUGGCACUGCCCGCUAUCCUACUACUCGCACCACCACUUCUCGCUACGCCACAUCGACCAGCAUCUACACCGGUAGUAGUAGCGACGAUAGUGAUAGCGAUUAUUGGUGGUACUACAGCAAUGUGCUGCAGACAUGGGCCAUCGUCCUCGCGGCCGUUUUGCCGGGCAUCUUUCUCAUUGGCUUCUUCGAAUCCUAUUUCUGGUUCCGCCGCAUGAUGGUGGGCAAGUUCUCGUUGCGCUUUGGAACGUGCUGCUGGAUCUUUUUGAUCUGGCCUAUCAUCUUUGCUACCCGUCGUUGCCCAGCUCGCGACGACGAGACCCAAAAGACGCUACGUGAGCAAUGGAAGAAGGUCGGCUUCGGAACUGCCCUUGGUCUCUGGUUCCGAUGGGGCUUCCGUCAUCGCUACCCCGUCGAUCUCCUGGGUGCUCACCCUCAAUACCAUAACCCGGACCCUAAUGCCCCCGCCGUUGCGCCCAUGGCUGGUGCCCCUGGUGCCGGAUUUGUCUACUACGUCCAAGGCCCCCCUGGACCUGAUGGCAAACCCACCUUCCAACAGGUGAUGGUACCUGCACACCAGCUCCCCGAGGGCUUCAAGUUCACGCAACAGCCCAUGGUAGCAGUGCCGCAAGGUGGUGCUCCCCCGACGAUGCCCAUGUACUACCCAUACCCUCAGGCACCUCAACCUGCGCAUGUGGCCCCUCAAACAACUACGCGACAACAAGCGGAGGAGGCUUCACCUGCUCUCCCACCGCGUUCGCCGCCGCCAACAGUGCCUAGCCCUCUUUCGAGUGCUCCUCAGGCUCCCACCUCACCUCCGCCACCCGUACCAGCGGUCUCUCCUCAAUCUGAUGUCCAGCCGCGAAACGUGACCACAGGGGAGGAGAGGGGUGAAUCUUCCAGAGCAGCUGGGCCAGCUGGUGACGAGUCAAGUCCCCCCCCACCACCAGGAGCAGCCAAAUAA